UAUGGCUUCAAACAGUCUGUUCAGCAGCAGCAGCCCGAUGCUAUACUGGGAUCCUGUUGCGAAGCAUCGACCAACACCAACAUCCACCAACCUCCAAGUGUAUGACCAGGAGGUGCGGCCCCUGCACCAGCACAGGACAGCGUCCCCCAGAGGCUUGAUUCAGACUGACAGCCCCAACUUCCAGUGCAGUAGCCUGCCACAGCACUGGAGGUGCAACAAGACCCUGCCAAGAGCCUUCACUGUGGUUGCCGUGGGCGACGAUGUGCCAGACGGCGUGGUCGUCACAGUGAUGGCUGGCAACGACGACAACAGCAGUGCCGAGCUGCGGAACGCCACAGCAACCAUGAAGCAAGGCUGUGCCCAGUUCAACGACCUCCGCUUCAUAGGCCGCAGCGGCAGAGGCAAGAGUUUCAACCUCUCCAUCAACAUUCUGACCUCGCCCCCUCAGAUUGCCACACUACAAAGAGCCAUCAAAGUCACCGUGGAUGGACCACGGCUGCCAAGACGACAGAGGCAGAAGGAGGUGAAGUUAGGGGUUUUCAGGCCUCCAGGUAGCAGCACUGCAUCAACAGACUGUAGAUCCUUCUCCUCCUCUCUGUGGACCAGUGAGCCGUCGUUCCUGGGCCAUGUCACCUCUCUGGCAUCUUCCUUCACUCCAAGUCCCAGGAUGCACCACCUCCCCUCCCUGCCCUACUCCACCCAGCCUCCUCCAUACAACUCCUACCUGUCGCCUCCUCCCCCUCCGGUGAGCCACAGUGGUCCAUUCCAGUCUGGCGGUUUCUAUUGUGGAGCCAACCAACCGCUCCAAACAGCAGGGGAGGACAGAAACUUUGUCAAUGCACUGACCAAUUACUUUGAGGGGGCAUGUUUUUCCCUAAGAGGUGAUGAGUCUGUCUGGAGACCUUAUUGAUGAAUGGAUCUGUUGUGUAAAUAUUAUAAUUGUAUCAAAUAAUGGUUUUG